CCUGCCGACCCCCAAUUCCAACUCCGCAUCAGGCGAACAAUGAGCCCAAAAUUAUCCGAUCAGAAAAUCUCUACCACGUCCCAACGCGCCUAUUAAGCAGCCCCCAAACGCGUUCUCCCUCCCCACAACCAUGUACGGAGCCUCCAACGCCGCCCAGAAAGCCAAACGGCGCACCCACAACCGCCCCGAGCUCUCCGACGAGCAAAAACAAGAAGUCAAAGAGGCCUUUGAGCUGUUCGAUACUGACAAGGACGGAUGUGUGGAUUACCACGAGCUCAAAGUCGCGAUGCGUGCGCUAGGGUUUGAUUUGAAGAAGGCGGAGGUCUUGAAGAUCCUCCGGGAUAACGACAAGACGGGGCAUGGGCUCAUGGAUUAUGAGGAUUUUUAUAAAAUUAUGAGCGAGAGGAUUCUUGCACGGGACCCGAAUGAUGAGAUUCGGCGCGCCUUUCAGCUUUUCGACGAUGAUAAUACCGGAAAGAUCAGCCUGAGGAAUCUGAGGCGCGUGGCGAAGGAGAUUGGGGACCGGCUGGAAGACGAUGAAUUGCAAGCAAUGAUCGACGAGUUCGACUUGGACCAGGACGGCGAGAUCAGCGAGCAAGAGUUCUUCGCCAUCAUGACGGAUGACGCAUAGCCUGCUUGUCUUGCUCUUACCAUCUACCUUUUGUAUUGUUCUCGGUCUUUACCAUGUAUACCAUUCUGUAACACUAUCCUACCGUCAUUAAUGCACUUUUCUUGUACUGCCUUCAUUUAAUCCGACUCAGACGUGGCACAGGGA